CUAUUAAAUAUGUUUAAAUAAUCUACUUUGAACUUUGAACGUAGUAACUAAAACGAGCUAUGAGUUCAUAACUCUUUACACUUUAAAUUCGGGCUCUCCCACUAUAAUCAACAGCCUCUCUUUUUUGUUCUCAUGCCUAAUUCCAACUCCUAAGAAUCUCAUCCACACUCCACUCUCUCCCUCCAUCAUUCUCCCAUCAUCUUUACCCUUCAUUCCUAAAUAACUUCAAAUUCCAUCUUCAAAAGUUGCAAGCUUUAAUAAAAAAAAAAAUGUCUCUUUGGCCAUAUACAGUUUUUCUUCUUCUUUUCAUUCUGCUCACUUUAUGUAAUGAUGCAUUUGGCAAUAAUGAAGACAAUGAACAAAUUCUUCACCUCAAAAGACUUCAAAGGACACAAAAGAGUAUCAACCGAAGUUGUUAUUCUCAAAAAUCAAAAAGUGAAAAUGGAGCAACUAUAUUGGAAAUGCAGCAUAAAGAUUACUGCUCAUCAGGAUCAAUUAGUGACAUGAACAAAAAACUGCAGAAACAACUGGUGGCUGAUGAUAUUCGAGUUCGGUCAAUACAAGCCAGUAUUAAAAAUAUCAUUUCUGGAAAAAUUGUUACUUCAUCACAAACACUAAUUCCUGUAACUUCUGGUGUCAAACUGCAUAGUCUGAACUACAUUGUCACAGUAACAUUAGGUGGUCGAAACGCGACAGUGAUUGUGGACACAGGAAGUGACCUGACAUGGGUUCAGUGCCAACCUUGUAGAUUGUGUUACAAUCAACCAGAACCUCUGUUCAACCCUUCUGCUUCUCCUACUUAUCACUCAGUUGAAUGCAAUUCAUCGGCUUGUCAAACUCUUCAAUCUGCAACUGGAAAUGCGGGAUUAUGUGGGCGUGAUGUACAAGAAUGUAAUUAUGUUGUCAACUACGGAGAUGGAUCUUACACUCGAGGCGAACUUGGCCAAGAUCAUUUGGUUCUUGGAAGUGCAUCUGUUGAGAAUUUUAUCUUUGGUUGUGGCAGGAAUAAUAAAGGUCUAUUUGGUUUAGCUUCAGGGCUUAUGGGACUUGGAAGAAGUGAUCUUUCUUUGAUAUCUCAAACAUUUGGGAAUUUUGGUGGUGUUUUCUCCUAUUGUUUGCCUUCAGCUGAAUCUAUGUCCUCUGGCUCAUUAGUACUAGGGGGUGACAGUGACACUACAAUUUUCAAGAAUUCUACACCCAUUUCUUACACCAGAAUGUUAGCAAAUCCACAGCUUUUUAGCUUCUAUUUUCUCAAUCUAACCGGGCUUACCAUCGGUGGGGUGGCUAUUCAAGAUUCAGCUUCUGGCAAACGUGGGAUGAUUGUUGAUUCUGGUACGGUUAUCACAAGGCUCCCUCCAACAAUAUACAAAGCUGUUACGGUAGAGUUCUUGAAACAAUUUUCGGGGUACCCUUCAAAACCAGGAAUUUCAAUUCUUGAUACUUGUUUUGAUCUGUCUGCAUAUGAAGAAGUGAACGUUCCCACAAUUAAGAUGCAGUUUGAGGGUGGUGCUGAGAUGGAAGUGGAUGUUACUGGGGUUCUUUAUAUUGCAAAGAGUGAUGCAUCACAAGUCUGUUUGGCUCUAGCAAGCCUUGAAUAUGAUGAUGAGAUAGGAAUUAUUGGAAAUUAUCAGCAGAAGAACACUAGGGUCAUAUACAACAUAAAGAAGUCGCGAUUUGGAUUUGCAAAAGAGACAUGUAGUUUCUGAGUUUCAUGCAGAUUAGACAAAGUUAUGCCCUAAAAUUCACCCUCUCAAGGAAUUCAAUAGUCAAUAGUUAUGCCCCUGAAGAAGAUAUGUAAUGUUAUGAAUGCAAGUUGUUUAUUAUCAA